AGCGAGAGGACAUCCCUUCCCCACCGCCAUCGCGCUAUCUCCGUACAAAGCAGCCUCAGAUCCCUAUCUCCGUUCGCCGCCGCCGCCGCCGCCGAUCCCCUCGCCAUCGCGCUCGCAAUAAGGAUCGAGGGCUCGAGAGGGCUCCAGAGUGUUUCGUUUCCCCUCUGGCCCUUCCGCGUGUCUCCUCCUAUCUCCGUACCGAUGGCCGCGUAUUUGCCGCCUCCUCCUUCCCCCGUCCAUUGUGAGGGCGCCUGCGUCACACACAGACCCUGCCCCAUCCUGUAUGUUGGUCGUUGAUGGGGUGAGAGGCGCGACCACGAUCCAGUUGGGAUCUCGGUGUGGACUCGUUCGUUGUGAUGGAGGACGGCGCUGCCUCCCUGGUGAAUGGGAUCAAAGGGAGGGACGUGAAAGUCGACGAGGCAGCGGCUGGGAGCCCGGCGGUGAACACUGGAGUUCGUCCGGGGGGCGAUCUGAGGCCACCUCAAUCGCCGGUGGAGGAGGCUUCCCAUCCAUGUGUUCCUUCCCUCUCCCAAUUCCUUGCUUCCCAUCGGAAUCCUAGAUGGGAGCUGCUGGCCUACAACAGCGAGCAGCCGCUGGCCUACCUAAAAGACUGGCUUUUUUAAUCACGUUAACAAAUCGGGUGAGGAGGAUUUGAUCUUGAACAAUAGAAUGUCACCAGGUUCUUGUAGAAUGUCUCCACAUCAGUUUCCAGCAUGGUCUCUGCUGUUUGUCCAUACGGGCAAUGAACAUGCCAUGUCACGCAUACUAACAGAACGUGGAUUUUUCAUGCAUAUACUUCGGAGCCCUGCUAUCUUGGCCGUCCGUCUUUCUAGAGAGUCUCGAGAUCCGAGGAGUGCUGUGGGCGCUUACAAACUUCAUUAACAGAUGCCCAACAGCGAAGUGACAUAUCCCAGUCACAGCACCAAAGGCAUUGUUUUUUAGGUCUAUUAUGCAAGGAGGAACAGCUCGUCCGAUUCCCUCUAGCAAGUUUUCAUCUCGGAGGAAGUCCAAUGGCGACCGAGGGCAUGCUCCAUGGCGGAGUAAUCCCUUUCUCCUCCAGUCCUGGGUCUCCCAGAUCAUCUGUCCCCUUCAAGGUCCAACAUGAAACUGAAAGAAACACUGAGCAUCCCAGAGUAGAGAGUGGCUCCCGUGUUCUUCAAUCGUUGGAUCAAAACAUCCUAGCGCAGCCUACGCGUCCAAGCUCUGUUCUUCUGCGAGCUUCAAGCAUUCCUCAACCGGAUGGGUCAUCUGAUUGCGCGCAGAACUGUGUGUCUGGCACAAGCCAACUCGUCGUCCCCGGCUGGAAUAAAAGGAACAUCGGUGUUGAGGGUCCUGAUUCCCGAGUUACACCUUCUAAAAUGUCUGCAAUCGAAGAGCGUCUCUUGCAAUUAAAGGACCGCACGGGUGAUGCAAUAUUUGAGCCUACAGCAGGCACAACUUUCGACUCUAGCCAGGAAGCAUACGAUUUCUAUAAUUUGUAUUCAGGGAGUGUGGAUUUGGCAUCCGUCGCGCAAAAAGUCGCACCAACACAAACAAAUACAGGAGCAUGCAUGAACUCUGUGUUAAUGCGCGGGCAAGCCCAAAAGGGAGAAUGCAUCAUCUUGCAAGACUGAUUGCAAGGCAAUGAUCAAAUUGUUACGCACAGAAGAUCAUGGCUAGUACGUGGCUGCCUUUGUCAAAGAACACAAUCAUAGGCUGUCAUCAGGGUACGAUCAGAAAAUGCAGUGGAACUCUCAUAAUAGUAUUGAUGCAAUACGUGAAACUUCAUAAAAAAAUCUCCGAGAGAACAACAUCAGUAUAAGCAAGGUUUAUAGUAUUUUGGGUGGUGGUGAAGAGAGCUUGCAAACGGUGCCGUACCGAAAACAAGUCUUGAGAACCCUGUGUGCUAAAUAUUCACAGGAGUCAAUUAAAGAUGAUUUAGCAAAGACAAUGCAGCUAUUGCAGCAAAUGAAGGCAGAAGACUACAACCUGAGAGUAGAAGUUGAUCUGGACGACGCUGAAGGUCGAAUUCGUUCAAUGCUAUGGUGCACCGGGAAGAACCGAGAGGACUACUUGCAUUUUGGUGAUGUAGUUACAUUUGACACCACAUACAAGACAAACUUAUACAUGGCGGUGUACUAAUGCGUGAGGAGACAGAGGCAGCAUUCAAGUGGGUUUUUAGCACAUUCUCUGACUACGAGGACGAACCCCAUGAUGGAGAUGGGCUCCGACGACACCGCACCGGAGCCCAUGCCUGUGCAUGCCGGCCGCACCAUGGGGCAGGCGCACUACAACGCCGCCAUGACGGAGGAGCAGCUAGCGAUGGCGCCUAUGUUGGCAUUCCAGCAGGUGCAGGAUGAAGAGCGGUACAACAUGUCCCUUCUAGAGUAGCACCGCCUGGCGGAGGGCCAGAUAGACGGCGAGCACGCGAAGAAGGAGGCCGUGACGGCCAUGGCCCCGGCGAACCCCAACUUCGUCGCGGAGAAGCGUGUGAUCUACGAGGCCGUUCGAGCUCAAGCCGCCGCCACGGAUGCGCUCCUGCAGGUGAUCGCGGACGAGAACAAUGCCAGCUGCGCCUCCUACGCGCUGCCGACGAACUAUCUGGACGGCCCGGUUGGGCGACAACAGGGUCAGCGCCACUAUUUUGAUCGUGGACCUCACGUCCACCUACAACAAACAGGUCAAUAUCCAAAAUUAAUCUCAUUUUAAAAGGUUUGACGCAAGUAGUUUCAACAUAGAAAAGAAUUCAAAAACAAAAAAAAUGGUUUAAAAGAUAUGGAUGUUUUAAAUUAGACUAGGUGAAAGACAUGGUUGGAUUUAUUGUGUUGCGGAAGAGAGAGAGAGUGAGAGAAUUAUUCGGGCACGUUACUGUCAUACAUGCAUGUGAAGUACAGUGUUUUGCUGAAAA